GGCCGGGGACUGCGGGCAGCCUGGCGGGGGCGGGGACCCGGGUCCUGUCCUGCCCUCCCGCCGCCUGGGCAGUGGGGCUCAGUGUCCCGCACUCCCGGCCGGUCCCCUCGGGCUAGCACUGCCUGUGCCCCGUCCCGCCCCACCGGGAUGCCAGGGGCAGCGCCCUGCCUCUGUCCUGCCCCCCCCCCCCCGGGAUGCCAGGGCAGCGCCCUGCCUCUGUCCUGCCCCCCCGGGAUGCCAGGGCAGCGCCCUGCCUCUGUCCUGCCCCCCCCCGGGAUGCCAGGGCAGCGCCCUGCCUCUGUCCUGCCCCCCCCCCGGGAUGCCAGGGCAGCGCCCUGCCUCUGUCCUGCCCCCCCCCAGGAUGCCAGGGCAGCGCCCUGCUUGUGUCCGCCCCCCUCUCCCCCGGGAUGCCAGGGGCAGCGCCCUGCCUGUGUCCCGCCCCCCCCGGGAUGCCAGGGCAGCGCCCUGCCUGUGUCCGCCCCCUCUUCCCCAGGAUGCCAGGGGCAGCGGGCACCCUGUCUCUGUUCUGCCCCCCCGGGAUGCCAGGGGCAAUGGGCACCCUGUCUCUGUUCUGCCCCCCUGGGAUGCCAGGGCAGCACCCUGCCUCUGUUCUGUUCCCUCUCCUCAGGAUGCCAGGGCAGUGCCCUGCCUCUGUCCUGCCCCCCCAGCUGCACCCCAGUCUCCUGGGAUGCCAGGACAGCGCCCUGUCUCUGUUCUGCCCCCUCCCCCGGAUGCCAGGGCAGCGCCCUGCCUCUGAUUUACUCCCCCUCCCUGUUGGACGAGGCCUUGCAAUUGGGCCCCCUCUUCCAAGUUCUCUCGGCAGCCCCGAGCCAUUUCUGGGUCUCUAAUAAAUGUUCUGGGAACACAGUGGCAGCCUCAAAAAAAACCCCAAAACAGCUCCAGGUCCGCAAGCUGGUAAAAAGCCGGGAUUGAGGCCCAGGCACUAUAGCCCUGGCUGGAGUUCUGCUCUUGGAGCCUUGGGAUCCCACCAGCUCUCAGCAAAAAAUGAGAUCUUCAGCCCUUGUGGAUGCAAGAAAAGCUUGAAAAGAGAUGGAGCGCGUGAUCGUGAGCAUGCAGGAUCCCGACAUGGGCAUCAAGAUGAGAAACCAGCGCCUGCUGAUAACGGUGAUCCCACAUGCCAUGACCGGUAACGACAUCGUGGAGUGGCUCAUCCAGAAGUAUGCCAUUUCUGAGGAGGAGUCCCUGCAUCUCGGCAACCUCCUUGUGAAGUACGGCUACAUCUACCCCCUGAAGGACCCGCGCAGCCUGGUGCUCCGGGCCGACGACUCCCCCUACAGGUUCCAGACUCCUUAUUUCUGGACAAGCUCCAAGUGGCCGGCCACAGAGCUGGAUUACGCAAUCUACCUGGCAAAGAAGAACAUCCGCAAGCAGGGUGACCUGAUAGACCACGAGAAGGAUAACUACAACCUGCUGCACAAGAGGAUCAACCACACCUGGGAUUUUGUGGUGAUGCAGGCACGGGAGCAGCUCCGGGCAGCCAAGCAGCGACGGAAGGGGGAUCGUAUCGUCAUAGACUGCCAGGAGCAGGCCUACUGGCUGGUCAACAGGCCCCCGCCGGGAGCCCUGAACGUGAUGGAGCAUGGGCCAGAGCGGAGGAAUUGCCACAUCAGCCGGGUGCAGCUGCCCGAGAACACGGAUUACUACAAGCGGGAGAUCGAGUGCUGCCGAAAGGCCAUGGGCAGGACCCGCGUGAAGUCCUCCAUUUGCCUGGAGGGGUACAUCAAAUUCAACGAGCAGUACAUGCCCCACGAUCCCAUCAUGUCCGGCUGCCUGCCCAGUAACCCCUGGAUCACGGACGACACCACAUACUGGGCCAUGAACGCCCCCACGGUGACGACACCGACCAAGCUGCGCGUGGAGCGCUGGGGCUUCAGCUUCAGCGAGCUGCUGGGUGACACGCUGGGCCGCAGGCAGCUGUUGGAGUUCCUCAAGAAGGAGUUCAGCGCCGAGAACUUGAGCUUCUGGGAGGCCUGUGAGGAGCUGCGCUAUGGGGAUCAGGCCCACAUCGCCGACAUCGUGGACUCCAUCUAUCAGCAGUUCCUGGCCCCCGGCGCCACCCGCUGGGUGAACAUCGACAGCAAGACCAUGGAGAGGACCCUGGAGGGCAUCAAGACGCCGCAUCGCUACGUGAUGGACGAUGCCCAGAUGCACAUCUACAUGCUGAUGAAGAAGGACUCGUACCCGCGCUUCCUCAAGUCGGAGCUGUACCGCAGCCUGCUGGCAGAGGCCGUCGUGCCCCCGGAGACCAAGAAACGGGUUUUCCCAUUCAUGAGGAAGCAGCGUCACUCCAGCCCGAGCCCAGCACUGCUGCUGCCCACGGGGGAGCCCGAGGCGAAAGCCGAGGAUCAGAGCAAGGCAGUCGCUGUCCCCGUGGAGAGCUAGGAUCCCCUCACCUGUCCCCCACCCGCCCCAGGCUGAGCGUUCUGCACUGACAGGGGGCAGGGGCUGGAUGAGGUGGGCCCCAUGGAGCACCUGGCCCACCAUUGUGGCAUCAAGCCCCCCAGACAGGGUGUUCUGGAGACGACGACUCAUCUCUGCCCUGCCCCACCCAGGCAGUGCCAGGGCAGCGUGGGCCAGCCGGGGGGUCUGUUCUCAUCCAACGGCUGCAGGUGGCUAGUUGGGUAAGGAGAGCGACUGCCCUGGGCUGGGCCCUGUGGGGGAGUGGCAGAGAUGGGGCAGCCAGCUGCCCAUGCAGGGCAGGCUCUCACCCACUGGCAUGAAUGCAAUCCCAGGCUCGCUGGCAGGGGCAGACCCAGCCUGCAGCAGCCCCUGGGCCCCACACACGUCAUCAGGCACAGGGAGAUGGGCGCUCAGACGCCAGUGCAGAGCACCCCCUCCCACAGGGCAGCCGCAGCCCUUGACACUAAAGGAUAAAGCCAUAUGCCCCGGGAGGCCAUGUGCCCAGCCCUAUGGGGCGCCCCGCAUGGCACCACUGGGGCAGCUCCUGCUCCCUUUGCCUUAGCUCUUAGAGUGACAUCCCGCUCCCUGCCCCCGGCAGUUCUGUGGGGCGAGUGGCUGCAAUGGGCCAAGACACACGUGGUCUGAUUCCCCUCACUGAGCUGCCCACUCCUGGCUGGGCCAGGCUGGGGGGGGGGGUGCUCGCUGGCACAUGAAUACCAGGGGCUCGGGGCAUUGAUGGGCAGGGGCAGAGCCUCCCCAUGGCACAGCCCAAAGUCUCUGUACCAGCCCUGGGUUCGUGGCUGAGCACAGCCCCUCCCUGAGGGUCACCCCUUCUCCGCACCCUGACCCCCCAGGAGCACCCUGCUCUGGUGCUGCCCUCCCCCCGCCCGGCAGUCCUGCACUGAGCAAAGACACUAAUAAAGGACAACUCAUGGGCACCUCUGGCCUCUCUCACUGGGGGCUGG